GCAGUUGUUUAGACAAGUUGAAAGACGCCGCCAACAAUGAAGACGGUGCAAUGUAAAAUGUGUCCCGAGCGAAUUGUUCACGGAAGUAGCUCGUCACUAAUGACACAAAUAUGUGACAAACAGACUGUGAAUAAGAUGUGCACAGUGAAGGCAGACUGGUAAGAUUGUGACAAUGUCAGAACGUACAUAUGGAGGAGCAAGGAAAAUAUCUAUAAACUCCCGUCCAAAAUCAGGCUCUAAAUCUCAACGGCCAGCGAGACGUAGACAUACACCUUCAAGCAAUGCAGUUGUCUUCUCUGAAUCAUCCAAACAUCAUUCAUCAACAAACUUUCCCUUAUUCUCCAAUAACCUGGUUGCAAGAAAACCGCCUGUUACUCAAGCUGCAAAACUUGCACAAGUAUCGGCCCGAAAUCAGCAGCUUGUUGGUCAUGUGCCAAGAACUCGAGCAUAUUUACGGGCUAUUAGAUCACCAGCACCGGUUGAAGAACCUCCACCAGUAACUAGCAGCCAGAUGAGCCUGUCAUCUGUGUCCUCUAAGCCUUCCAAGCCUGAAGUACCGAUAUUAACAGUAUCCAGUCAAGGUGGUGAUAAUGAUGCCAAUUCAAGUCCAAGGUCACAAUGUCACACACCUGCAAGCUUUUGUAGUGAGUUGGAUUACGACCCGGAUUUAUUCCCAUUCCAGUAUCUUCCAGAUGACUGUAAACUAAAAGUGUUCUCAUUUCUUCCGAUUCAUGACAAGGGAAGAUGUGCUCAGGUAUGUGUGUACUGGAGAGCCUUAUUGAAGACCUCUAGCGUCUGGUCACAUGUUGCUUUCAGUGAUUUCCCGUUCUGGUGUAUUACCACUGACGAACACAACUGCAUUGGUAAUUGCUAUAUUCGAUACAGGGUGCGCGUAAAACAGUUUUUGUCAUAUCUCAAAGAACUUAGACCAAUUCUACGAAGUCUGGAGUUUAAAUUUGACAUAGGUGAGAAAGCAGAUGGAUUUCUCCAGCCUUUGGAAAAUUUGAUUGACAAGGCAAACACAAAAGAAUUAAAGUACGCAAGUAUGAAUUGGAAAGAAACUCCAAUGCGGCCGUUUUGGACUGAUUCCGUGCGUGAUAUCCGUUGCGAUGAAGUGAUGCAGAAGCAUCGACUACGCCAAAGACAUUUUGUCUCAUUCUUUGAUUUAUUUACAAUGCAGUGUCCAAAAGUUGAAACUCUUGUUGUUCCGUUUGAUUGGUCAGACAAGAGCGUUGACUGUUUACUGCGUCUACAAAAUUUACGUAGCUUAGUAUUAGAAAAAUACUUUGUCUUUCAGAAACUAUGCCAAGAUCUCAUAGACAGACUAUUAAUUGGGUUACCAUGUCUUAAGCAGCUCAUGCUGGAAGUCUGGACGCCAAGUGGGCAUGGUCUUGUCUUUUUUGCGCUUGUGUCAAAAUCUGUAGAAUAUUUAGAUAUCUCCCAAAGUCGGGGAUUUUACCUAAACACGGUCCAUUUGCCGAAACUGAAGACUUUCAGAGUUGCUCGACAUCCUUGGAAUGGACCUCUAGUGCUGGCAGAUAGAGUCAAUGUGCCUUGUAUUUAUGAUGUCUUAGCAGAAGGAAGCCCAAAGUUAGAGAAGAUCAAUGAGCAUUACCUGAAGCCGACAUGGAGGGACGGGAUAUACCAGACUUUAGAGGAAGUGCUCAGAAGUGUGUGUUCAUGUAAAAGACAUAAAUCUGGCUGGGCCAUGUAGGAAUGGUAGAUUUAAGGUGUUCAGCAUUAGACUGCUUUGAGGAUAACUUCUAGUUUAGGAAAAAUCAUGCAGGAAUGCCAAGUCACUGAAGUUUUUGAAUUAUACAGCAUAAUUUGCAUCAUUCUGAAAUGUGUUAAGAAACAGGGAUGAAAAUAUUCACAAACUAGGAGCAGUCAAACAUUUUCCAUUUAUAUUUAGCACAUUCUACUUGGAAAGAAAUGUCAGUGAUUUAAAGUAGUUAGCUUACAAGAACACAAAGUGCUCCAGGUGAGCUGUUGUGAUCACUCACGGACCGUUACACGUCCGUUCGUCUGUCAUACUUCCGUCAACAUUUUCUUCAAACAGCGUGUCCUCUUAAACCUUAGGAAAUAGAUGAAACUUGGCCUGGAUGUUGCUGGGGUGGUCCUCUUCCAAAGUUGUUUGAACAGUUCUGCUUAGUUGCACUGCACAUAGGGUCCUUCAGAGCUAAAAAUCUUCAAAUGGCUUAUUCCUAAAUCAUUGCUUUGAUUUUGAAAUUAUUUCAUAGAAAUGUCCUUUUGGUGAUUGUCUGCCAAGAUUGUUCAAAUUAUUACUAUUUGUCAAAAAACAUGACUGCCAGGGAGCAUACUAUUAUGCACUUUUUCCAAUAUAAAUAUAAUUGAAACUUUAAAAAAUGUUCUUGUCAGAAACUGUUCACCCAAAAUAGUUUCAGUCAAAUGAUUCUUGGAUGACCUUGUGCAAAAAUUGUUAAAUUUUUUUGUUUUCAUAAAACAAAAUGGCUCCUAGAAGGUGUGGUCACCUUUAUCUACAUAGGUAGGAAUUUUAAAACCCUAAUUGCCAGAAACUGCUGGCCAGACUUUAAAAUAUUUUCACAGAAAUGAUUUUUGGUGAUUUUCUACUAUGAUUGAUUAAAUUAUUCAGACACAUCAAAAAAGCAUGGCUGCAAGAGGGGGUAGUCUCUUUUCUCUUUAUAUACACAGUAGAGACUUUUAACAAUAAAUGACUGUUGCACAAAAACUUGUUUCUUGUCAGAUGGAAAUCUAACAUGUUCCCUGACUGAUCCUUCACUAAAAGGUUAAGCCAUCUUUAUAUAACUGUUUGAACUGUGAAACUAUGGAAAGUGAUUUAGAGCCAUCAUGACCCUCUUGUUUUAGUACAAAGGCAUACAAGCUAGUUCUGUCAGCUGAAAUAUAGUAUUUUGAAAUUUUAAACCAGUGCAAAAGAAGUUUUGUAUCACUGCAGUGCAUAUGUUUGAUUCAGUGUUUCACAGUAGCCUGUUUAAAAUGAUAUUUUAAAUUUUUGUACUGCAUUAUAUUGUGUCUCAAUGUACAUUUUAUAUCGUACAGUUAUUUAGUGAAGUAUAACCUGGUGUGGGUAUUUAUAGUUCAAUAAACACAAAUGGUCAGGGAAAUCAUAAAUGAAAUACAUGAGCUGAUUGUUUUGCAGGUAUGUACCACACCUUGUUGCUUGUGUCAUAUCUUGGUAACAAUUUACACAGGCAACUUAACCUUAGUCUGCUGGUGGCAAGUGAUUUUGCCUUUGCGACAGGUGCAGACCAAGAUCAGCCUGCACAUCCAUGCAGUCUGAUCAUGGUCUGUACUGUUCGCUAUUCAGUCAGUAAAUGUCCAGUGAUCACCCCUUUGAAUAAUAACUGGUACUGCCAAAAUUGAAUGAUGGACCAGUCCAUUUUAGAAACUUAGCAGACUAACAGUUAAAAUGAUACAAAAAUACAGAACAACAGAAUGUUUAUAUUUUUCCAUAUGAAGAAUUGCUCAAAAACUGUCGUCUGUUUGUCACAGAAGCUUUAAUGAAUGAAAAGUGCAAUAUUUACUUUUUUCAUCAACAAGAGACUUUUAACCUAAAUGAUUUAAAUAUUUAAAGCAGCUCUCAAUAUAAGUGAUAAGUGCAGAGGAUACACCAUUGACUUAGCAGUAAAUGUUCUAAAUGUUUUUGAAGUAUUUUGUUUAGAUUUGUUCAGAUAUAGGUUCUGCUUAACAUCUUUUUACAUUAAUUUGAAUAACAAGUUAGAUAAAGACUGGGGGAUAGUAUUAUUUAGUUAAUACUAAUUUAUUUUAGGUCGAUAGUGAAGCAAGGUCUACAACUUACAUUAAUAACUCUUGACACCUCAUUCCACGAUUUACCUGUAGUCCUGAAUUAGAAUGAUUUCACACUGUUUAGAAUGUUUGAAAUGAUAUGACUGUGUAUGUAUGCAAUGUAAUUUUGUGUGGCAUAGGAGAUCAGUUGUAUAACGUAAUGACAAGUGCAGUUUACUAUUUCUGUAUAUUUUUAUACUGUUAAUACUUGUUUCUACCAGUUUUAUCCAGGUUUUUAUGUCAUAUACAAAGUUUGUUAUGACCAAUCCUUUUUAGCUCGACUGUUCGAAGAAUAAGGAGAGCUAUCCUACUCACUACGGCUUCAGUGUCAGUGUUGGUGUCAGCGUCACACCUUGGUUAAGUUUUUCAUGCUAGUCCUUAUUUUGAUGAAACCUUUUGACAUAUAGCUUUGAAACUUUCAACACUUGUUAACCAACACCAUGUCGAGUUUUAGGCAAGAGUACAUAACUCCAUCAAGGAUUUUACAAAUCUUGGUUAAGUUUUUCGUACCAGUUCAUAUUUUGUGUAAACUGUUUGACAUAUGGCUUUGAAACUUUUAUCACUUAAGUUUAUUAUAACAGUCUCUAUCUGUAGGCAAGAGUACAUAACUCUGUCAAGUAUUUUGGCAGAAUUAUAGCCCUUUUUGGACUUGGAAAUUGGUUCAGUUUUCUUACAAGUCCAUGUUUCAUCAUAACUAUUUGACAUGUGACUUUGAAACUUUUAACUCUUGUUCGUCAUGAUGAUCUCCAUCUGUUGCCAAGGGUAUAUAACCAUAUAAAAGAUAUUUGGCUGAGUUUUGGCCCUAUUUGGACCAGUCCAUAUUUUGUCUAAACGGUAUGACAUAAUGGCUUUGAAACUUUGACCACUUGUUUACCAUCAUAUUCUCCAUAUGUAGGCAAGACUGCAUAAUUAGGACAAGGAUUUUGGCUCAGUUAUGGCCCUUUUUUUUGGGCAUGGAAAUUAGUUAAGUUUUGCAUACCAUUCCAUAUUUUGUCUAAACUGUUUGAUAUAUGGCUUUACAUUUACAUAAUAUCAUUACACAUUGCCAUAUAGUGCAAGACUUAUCCAGUUCCACAAAUACAGGUACAUUGUUUGUCUUAUCAAUUUUCCUUCUUUUGUCUGAAAAUCACUGGUAAUAUUUUGACCCCAUACUUACAUCAAUUCUUCGAAUAGUUGAGCAUUUUUAUUAAUAGGCUAUAUACAUUUUUCAAUCUUUUUCAAUGGUGAAGUAAAAGGACAGUGUUCCAUUGUAUAUUCAUAUAUUUUAGAUUACAAGAGAACGUUGCCUUUCAAAUUUUUUAUGUUUUAUUGUUUUAUUUGAAAUACUUGGAGAACCAAGUCAUGAACAUUAAUUAAAGAAAUCGCAUACGGCUGCUUAGCAAUACAUAAUAUUUGUUUUGAAUAUGAAAGAACUAGAAAUACUGGUUACGUUUUAUAGCAUAAAUUAAAUGUUAGGGAAUAAUAUAUCUUUGAAUAAUUAUCUUUUUAUAAUUACAAAUUUAUGAUCCUUGCAAUAAAUGUACAUACAAAAGUUUCAAUACACAAUUUUUUAUUACACAUGGAAAUUCUUUCAAAAUUUCUUUUUUUUUUAAAAACUUCUUUUUAUAUAAUUUGUUUUUGCAUUGUUUGAUGUUCUAUUGACUUUUUUAUCAACUUAUGUGAAACGAGCAAUAUUUUUUUCUUCACUAAAGGCUGGUCCUUUUUACUAAAUUGUGCUCUGGCAUUGCUGUCUGUUGGUGUUUUACAUUUUCAUAAACUUCUUUUGGCCAUCAGUUCAGUAAGAAACCCAGUUUCUAUUAAGCUCAACUUCUUACUAACAGGGUUCACACAGUCUUAAUCCUAACCAUGCUGGACACAAUUGAUUCUGCCUUUGCGGCCAGUGUAGAUCAUGAUCAGACUGCACAUCCGUGCAGUCUGAUCAUGAUCUGUGCUGUUUGCUAUUCAGCCAAUAUCAUUCUGGUAAGCACCCCUAUUAACAGUAAAUGGUACUGCCCAAAUAUGAAGAUGGACAAGUUCAUUUUAGCAGGAUAAUGGUUAAAAAAUGCUUAAAUUUGAUGCCAGUUCUUACAAAAUCUUGAAAAAUGCUAAAAUGUCCUUGAAAUAACUUGAAUUUAUUCCUUACUCUUAUACAAAAUAUAUGUCCUAAACUGAACAUAUAAAGAAAAAAUAAAAUAAAAAGGAAUUUAGUGGUAUAUCUUGUGACCCUAUAUGUGUUAUCAGGGAAAUACCAUAUUCGUAUCGGGAUGAAAUAGAAGGGAGGUGGAUUUGUAUUGGUAAUGCGUUUGUGACUGGGAAGCUGGCAUCCAGGGGUUUUAACAACCCAAACUGUUAAAUGUAAAAACUCAGGCAGAGAGCACAUGAAUUGCUCAAGUCAGUCAACGAGCACAUAUUGAUGUUCGAGCAAACAAUGUUCCAGUAUAUCGUCACCUCAGCGCAAGAAGUGGAUAACUGCAUUGACUUAAAGAAGCACUUAUUCACUUGAUGCGCUAAGUUGACGAAUUAUGUAAAUUGUUUUUGUAAUAGUCAGUACUGUUUGAAGUGUCAGAACUCUCUAAAUGUGCCAAGGUAGUUAAGAAUAACACUAUGCUCUAGUUUGUCACUAAUCAGAUACAGUUACAAAUCAAUUUUGAAAAUAAAGUGAAACCCUAGUCAUACUUAGAGACUGUCUUUGAUUUGUUAUCACGUUAAUUAAGAAAUGUAGUUGGUAAUAGACACAUUUACUUCUGUUUUUACACUGAUACUUCAGUUUUAAGGUGAAAGAUUUUCAGAAUUAAUGUAAAAGCAGAUCUGUGAUUUCAGUUUGACUGAUUGUGUAAAAAAUGGCCUUGUACUUGAUUGUUGUUAAAUAUUAGUGUAGAAGUUGUAUGUCUUGAUAUUAUAUUGUGCCUCUUUUAUUUCCACGGGAUAAUUGUUUGUGAAAGUCAGUUCUUUUUCUGCAGGAGCUGUCCAUCAUAUAUGUGGAGUAAAUAGGACACAUGCCGUGAGGGACCUCCUUUGCCACGUGGUUAAGGUUGCCGACUUCAAAUUAUUUGCCCCUAACCGAUGCGAGUUUGAGACCUUACUUGGGGUGUGAGGAAUCCAUCUAGCUGGCUUAUGGAAGAUCUAUGGUUCUACCUUUUUGCCCACCCAUGCCAGAAAUAAUGCCCCGAGGAGCACCUGGGGUCUUCCUCCACCAUUAAAAGCUAGAAAAAUCGCCAUAUGACUUAAACUGUCUUAGCGACGUUAAAUCCAACAAGACAAAAAAAAAGAUAUACCGUUAUUGUAUUAAGAGCAGACUAAUAUUGUUAGUCGAAAUGUACGACAUUUGUUUCUAGGAAACAAAUUUAAAAUAGGUCACAUAGAAAUAAGGUAGAAAAUUAGUCAGAAAGAUUGUUCAGUAUUUGAUUAAGUUUUUAAUCAAAUAUAAGAUGGGUUACAACAGAUUUGAAACUAGGACAAUUAUGGAUUAUCAUGGAUACAUUGUAUUUAUACACUUUUAUUUAGAUGCUAAACUUUAAUAGCUAGUGUAGGAAAAUAUACUCCAUUUUCUGUUUGUAAUUUUUUGUAUUAAAUGUUUUGAUUGUUGCUUGUUAAAAGGGAAUAAAGUAUAUUUCUGGAAUAAUU